UCAGCCCCUCACACCCCCUAGUAGUUGCCACCUCCUGGCGUCCCUCCAACAGCUCCAGCACCGUUCUCAUCCCGCCCCCGCCGCAAGCCACGCCCUCCGCCGCGCAGGCCCCGCCCGCGACCGGCCUCCCUCCUUUCCCGUCCCAGGACGCGUUGCGCGGCCCGGGCCGGAAGUAAGCGAAUUCCCGGGUGUGUGUCUGUGUCUGUCUGUGUCUCGCAGCGGCGCGCGGCCCCGGACAAGCGCUGGGGAUUCCCGUUUGAGGCGUCACUACUGUCACUGCCAUCACCCCACGGAGCCACUUCUAGAGGGGAGUAGACCCGGCCCUUCGCUGGGCAGAGAAGAUGUUGCCCCUGUCCAUCAAGGACGAUGAAUACAAACCACCCAAGUUCAAUUUGUUCGGCAAGAUCUCGGGCUGGUUUAGGUCUAUCCUGUCCGACAAGACGUCCCGGAACCUGUUUUUCUUCCUGUGCCUGAACCUCUCUUUCGCUUUUGUGGAACUACUCUAUGGCAUCUGGAGCAACUGCUUAGGCUUGAUUUCCGACUCUUUUCACAUGUUUUUCGAUAGCACUGCCAUUUUGGCUGGACUGGCAGCUUCUGUUAUUUCAAAAUGGAGAGAUAAUGAUGCUUUCUCCUAUGGGUAUGUUAGAGCGGAAGUUCUGGCUGGCUUUGUCAAUGGCCUAUUUUUGAUCUUCACUGCUUUUUUUAUUUUCUCAGAAGGAGUUGAGAGAGCAUUAGCCCCUCCAGAUGUCCACCAUGAGAGACUGCUACUUGUUUCCAUUCUUGGGUUUGUGGUAAACCUAAUAGGAAUAUUUGUUUUCAAACAUGGAGGUCAUGGACAUUCUCAUGGCUCUGGCCAUGGACACAGUCAUUCCCUCUUUAAUGGUGCUCUAGAUCAGGCACAUGGCCAUGUCGAUCAUUGCCAUAGCCAUGAAGUGAAACAUGGUGCUGCACAUAGCCAUGAUCAUGCUCAUGGACAUGGACACUUUCAUUCUUGUGAUGGCCCCUCCUUAAAAGAAACAACAGGACCCAGCAGACAGAUUUUACAAGGUGUAUUUUUACAUAUCCUAGCAGAUACACUUGGAAGUAUUGGUGUAAUUGCUUCUGCCAUCAUGAUGCAAAAUUUUGGUCUGAUGAUAGCAGAUCCUAUCUGUUCAAUUCUUAUAGCCAUUCUUAUAGUUGUAAGUGUUAUUCCUCUUUUAAGAGAAUCUGUUGGAAUAUUAAUGCAGAGAACUCCUCCCCUAUUAGAAAAUACUCUGCCUCAGUGCUAUCAGAGGGUACAGCAGUUGCAAGGAGUUUACAGUUUACAGGAACAGCACUUCUGGACUUUAUGUUCUGACGUUUAUGUUGGGACCUUGAAAUUAAUAGUAGCACCUGAUGCUGAUGCUAGGUGGAUUUUAAGCCAAACACAUAAUAUUUUUACUCAGGCUGGAGUGAGACAGCUCUACGUACAGAUUGACUUUGCAGCCAUGUAGUGAAGGGAAAGAAAUUACGCACCUUUUAUGGACCAAAUUUUUCUGCCAGUAAGAAUUUCAGAUUGUGGGCCUCCAGUCUUCUGGAAUGUCUUCACUGAAGCUGCUGGAAAUCACUGCUUUCAUUCCCACAAAACCAGUAUUACUUUUUUUAAAAAAAGAAAGAAAUUGGAAAUCUGUGCUAUACGUGAUGUCACAAUUGUUGACGUUCUUCAGUAUAAUCAUGUUUGUUAAAUUGUUUGUACCUUGCAAACUUAUGAACCAAACCAUAUUGGGUUUUCAAAGUGCCUUUGUAUCCAAAAAUGUAUUUGCCAGCAUAGAAAUGUACCGUCAAGAGUCAUGUAUGUUUUAUUUUUAUUUUUAUUUUUUAUUUUUUGAGACGGAGUCUCGCUCUGUCGCCAGGCUGGAGUGCAGUGGCAUAAUCUCAGCUCCCUGCAACCUCUGCCUCCCGGGUUCAAGCUAUUCUCCUGCCUCAGCCUCCUGAGUAGCUGGGACUACGGGCGUGCGCCACCAUGCCUAGCUAAUUUUUGCAUUUUUAGUAGAGAUGGGAUUUCACCAUGUUGGCCAGGAUGGUCUUGAUCUCUUGACCUCGUGAUCCGCCCGCCUCAGCUUCCCAAAGUGCUGGGAUUACAGGUGUGAGCCACCAUGCCCGGCUAUGUAUUUUUUUUUUUUAAUGGAUAUUCUGUAAUCUGUACAAAACAAGACUAUUGCUAGUAAUGUAUACAAAUUGUCUUUUUGUGUACUUCCAGCAUAGGUUUGGAUAUAUAUUUUAUUGUUUUAUCUUUACAGAAAAUAAAAGGUGUUAAUUUGCUUUUUAAAACAAAUUUAAUUAUCACAUUUUAAAUUACUUUGUGGACUGUGUUUUCAAAACUUUGGAAAUUCAUCUGUUACACAGAAAAUUUUGACUUAAAACAUCUGCUGAAUUCCAAAUUUCUGUAAAAGCUACUGUAUCUGUGAUAAACUUUCCUAUAUCUUUCCUUGCCAUUUCUAUGGAUUUUAUAAUGAAAGAAAAAGGCAUUGGAGACUGAAGGCAGAAAUGGUUGUGACAGCGCUGUUUGGCUUUUUCAUUCUUCAAAUGCCAAGUCAUCCACUUUGUUUUCCUGUUUAGGCUUUGCACAAAUACAAUUGUUUCAGGAAUCCUAAAGCAGCAUUUUAUUGAGUUUGAAUUAUUAAAGGUACAGAGGAAAUGUGGUGAUGCAGAACUUUUCCUAACACAGGUAUCUAGGAAGUAAGUGCUAAGUUGAUUUUCUAGGUUCUUUCGUAUUUGAAAAAUAAAAUUGCAAUUUGAGAUAAGUGCUUGAGCACUCUACUUAAGUAUUCUCUGUGUUUUAUGAAGAGAAAAUGAUCUGAUUUUCCUUCAUACUUCAUUUUACAAUACAUAUUCCCUUUUAACUUAAAAAAUUGUAAAUGUGGGAGAAAAAACCCUGCAGGAUGGAAAUGAUGAUUAAGAAUGUAGAUCAAUAAUAAGUACUUUUUAGUGGUGUGGCAGAAAUCCCUGUUGAUUCUAAGUUUUAGAGUGUCUUUUCCCCUAUUUCUGACCUGCAACUAUAAACUACUCUCUAUUAGGAGAACUAGAGCACUUUCUUCAUUUUUUCUAAAUUGCUGCAGAUUGCCAUGAACUCUAUCAAUAGUCUCUUUUCUGCAGGCAAAGUAGUAUUUUCUAAACAUGUUUGCUUACUGCCAGGUGGUUCGAAAUCUAUGAUUUACUGCAGUAGUAUGUGCUUAAAACAACGGUUGAGGUCUUUUAAGCGGGAAAGUUCAAAAGGAAGUGUCCUGAUAAUGGUACUGGUUUUUCCACAAAUAUAAGUAGUCAUUUAGAAGUUUGCAACCAUCACCAAGUCUGAGAGAACUCUGGGAUAUUCUGUGGGUUUUGGCAUAUUAGAUAGAGAAAAUGACAGAUCUAGAUGAAGGGAGAUUUUGGAUGUGUGCCUUUGAAAACUGAUUAUGUAUAACUACUGAUAUUUCACAUAUGGAGAUAUUUGAAGACCCAAGUCUGCCUUUCACAGAGCCCUCCAUUCCAAGUUUAGUUUUUGUCAAAAUAUGAAUCAUUUUAUUUGACUGUACUAUCAGUACACAAAUGCAUGAGUAUGUUUAUAUAGUGUUAGACUGAUGUGAAUUUGCAUUUGUUACAUGACACUGCCAGCUCAUAUCAUUUAGCAAGUUGGCAUUAACAUUUAUGCUUUAAUUAAAUGCCAGUAUACCUAUGUGUGCAGCACUAAAAAAUUAGUAAGAAAAAGCAACUUUUUGUCACUCUUAGGAAAUAUUUUGUCUUAUUAGUGUUCUUGGCACAUGUGUAUUACUAAAGUAGAUAAUUCCAGUGAGAAAUACUACCUGAUUAUUGUUAUAAAAUUAAUUUACAAUGUCCCUGAUAUUGGGCUAACUCUUACAAAAAACAAACAAACAAAACUCGUAUCUGAGUGUAACUUUGCCAAUAUUUUAAAAGCCAAAAUAUUCUCUGAACAACAAAUUUGUAUUGCUCAGGGACAGUUUACCUUGCCUGGUAAACCCUCCCAAACAGAAAUAUAGCUAUACUAUCUUUGGUUUUGUUUUUUUGUUUUUUUUGUUUGUUUGUUUUAGAUGGAAUUUCACUCUUGUCACCCAGGCUGGAGUGCAGUGGUGCAGUCUCAGCUCACUGCAACCUACGCCUCCCGGGUUCAAGUGAUUCUCCUGUCUCAGCUCCCUGAGUAACUGGGAUUACAGGUGCACGCUACCACGCCCGGCUAAUUUUUGUAUUUUUAGCAGAGACAGGGUUUCACCACAUUGGCCAGGGUGGUCUUGGACUCCUGACCUCAGGUCAUCCUCCUGCCUCGGCCUCCCAAAGUGCUGAGAUUGCAGGCAUGAGCCACCGCGCUCAGCCACUAGCUUUGGUUUUUUAAACAUAGAUUAUAUUCCUCAAGAUGAAGGGCUUAACAUAUCCACAGCUUCCUCAGUUUGCUAACUCCCCAUGCGUCUUUGUGAAGGACAGUAUCUAGUUUAUCUGUAGGUCAGUGUUCCUUGUGCUGUCAUUUCCCUUAUAUCUGGAAUUUGUCAGCAUUCCUGAAAACCUACACGUGUAUAUCAGUAACCAAAAUGCUAUGACUUUUUUGCACCUUUGUACAGCAGCCAAAUCAUGAACUCAAAAUGUAUUUGAUCACAGUUCUAUAAUGUUUUUACCUACCUAUUACGGAAUAAUCAGUUUUUACAGAGAUUAUUAAUAUGGUAGAACCCUGUUAUGUAAUGCCAAAACUUAAGAACCAUAUUUACAUUGCUUAACACAGAAUUUUACAUCUAAGCAAGGACUGGCUUUAGAAGCAGUCUAGUUCUACCUCUCAUUUUACAGAUGAGAAAACCGAAGCCCAGAAAAGCUCUCAUUUGCUCAAAGUCACAGAGAUAAUUAGUGGCAAGGCCAAAAAGAUUCAGAUCUUCUGACUCAAAGUUGAGAGUUCUUUAUACUCUAUUAUGCUGCCUCUCCAGUGUAAUAUUUGCCUUUCUGUAAAUGAGAUUAAAUAUGAUUUGUAAAUAAAGGACAUCUGACCUCCUUCUUUGGUACAUUAAGGCACUUUAUAAAUGGACUUUUAUUGUCUAAUUUUUUGUAUUAUAAUUAUUUCCAUUAUAUUCUUUAUGGAAGAUGUAAUUAAUUUUAACUUUUUUACUCUUAUAAAACCAGUUCCUGACAUUUUAAAAAACGAUGUCUGUAAAAUGGAUCCUUUUAUGCAUGAAUUUUUCUAUUAAUUGCCCAAGGCUAAAUCAAAUUUAAGGAUUGCUUAGUUUCUUUAUUUUGUUUAUGGUCUCUGAACUGGUAUUUUUUUAUAAACCAGGCUAAUUCACAGGUCAUACCAUUUCAGUCUUGUCGUGUUGGCUUCCAGUCACUGGAAAAGCUUUUGCAUUUUAAAGAUUUUUAGAGCCAUGCAAAACUGGGCAUUAAAUGUUGCAUAAAACAAAUCUUUUAAGUAAGGUAAAAUGUUGAAGUCUUAACCAGAAUUCCUAAAACUAAUUACUAAAACUUCUAUUUCUAACUCUUCAUGAAAGCAUUACCUUUGGAAAGUUAAACUUUUUUUUUCCUUUCAUCACCAUCUUUGAAACAAAUUAUUUUCCAAUUCAUAAGAACUUUGGUUAAAAAAAAAAUAAAAGGAAAUUAUAUGUUUUUCUUUGGACAUUCAUUGGAAGGCUUGUUGAAGACAUGAUCCCCCAGAAGCCUUAGUGACCCAGAUCUCAACCAGAGACUCAAGAUAGCCUCAAAUACAGUGAAAGAUUAUGUAUCCAAAAAAAAAAAGAGAAAAGGAGCAGAGAAGGACAGUUCUAGUUAAAGCCAAAUGGAUGUGAGUCUGACAAGGGUGUCUUUGGUUUAUAUUUCCUAACUGCAAAUUACACAGAAAGCGAGAAUGGGGAAUAACUUUUAUUAAGUAUUUAUGUGCCAGGCGGUUAGUGUGGCCUUCAUGUUAUUACAUUUAAUCUUCAAAUUUCUACAAAGGAAUAAUUUUGCAUGAUUUUAUGAUUGACGGAGCAUUUUCAAAUCUCCUCUAAUUCUCAUAACAUCUCUGUGAGGAAGGAAUUUUUAUCCUUAUUUUACAGAUGAGGAAGCUGUUUGGAGAUAAUUUAAGUGACUUGCCUGGGGAAUCUAGCCAGUAGUAGAGCACUGAUUAAUCAGGUGCUGACAUCUGCUCUGCUUUGUGUAUGUAAUUCAGCAGUGCUUCAAAGAUCCAAGAAGUUGUAGCAGAUCUCAAUACACUCUCCUAUAAAAUUAGUGAACAAUCACCAUGACAAAAUUGGUAUGGGGGAACAGUCAUUAUACAUUAUUUAGACUCAUUCCUUUUUCCAGUGCCCUUAUGCUUAUUUCCUACCUUUACCAUUGAUCUUAAACUGUGCAGGCUAAAAAGAGGAACCAGAACUCCUUUAAGCACUUUUAAGACUAUUUAUAAAAUACAGUUUUGUUGGCAUUGAAGAGUAAGCUGCUUAAGGGACUGAAUGAAAAGAUAGUACCCUCUGUGGCUGUAUGAAGAAAGAAACUGAAUUUCUACCCAAGAGACCUUAAUUUAGUUUAUUAGGGAAUUAUCUUCCCCAAAAGUACAAGUAAUUUUGCACUGCAGGAGAAGGAUAAGUAGAUUUGAUUUACAUUACAUUUUAUACACACCUUUCAAAAGGAAGAAAUCUGUUUCAUAAAUAGUAGUAAUCUAUGCUUAAACUUAACAUUUAAUGUUGACUUCUUACAACAGCCUUGAAAAUUAUUUGUAAUUUUGAUCAUGAUGUUGGAAAGCUUGUAAUAAAGAAUAUCUUUCUCUUCUGCAUCCUUUUAUCCUCAAACUUAGCAUGGAUUCACAUGCUAAGUAAAUGUUUGGUUAACUAGUGAACAUUUUAGAUAGUUGUGUCAAAAGUAAGGGUUAGGGAUAGGUAAAACCAGUAAUUUACUGUUUUUUACAGAAGACAUCUCAGCAUUUCUUUGGCAUUUUUGCACGAAUAAAUGACUAUAUAUUCACCUUGGCCAUUUUUUUUUAAGUAGCCCUGUGAGCUGCUCAUUCUUUUUCAUAUACAGUGGAAGUAUACAGAUGUUAUCCAUUUUACAAAUUGUUGGAUUGGAAUUUGACAGAAUCGGGACUGUGGAACCUGGGUCACUUGAAUUUUCUAUAUUUUGUAUGGCCAAAUCAGGAACCAGACAGUCUCCAUAGUCUCCUUUGUUUUUAUGGAAAAUUGCCAUAUUCACAUAUUUCAUUUGUCCUAAUGUAUUGUCAUCCAAAACGAAAGAGGUCUUUCUUGAAGGUGCUUUAAAGACAUCACUACAUGUAUUCAAUUACUGAUUUAAAUAUUCCCAGAAUUAUUUUUUACCUUUCUCUUUUUCCUCUCAAACACAAAAUUUUAGUAGUACCUCCCUCUAUUUCUUCACUGAUUUUUCAUCUGUUUUCAUUGUUAUUUCCACUAUAGAACUUCUACUUUAUACUAGUGGGGAAAAUUUUUUUAUUUAGAAUUUUAAUAUUUGAAUUUUGUCUAUGUAUCACAUACUGUGCUACAGUUAGCCUCAAUGAAGAUUCUAUUUUGAACUAGACAUCCUGUCAAUAGUUUGUCAAGUAACUUCAUUGCUUCCUUUAAUAGCAAUUCAGUGAAAUUUUUUCCCAAGUGAUAUUUUCCCCCAACUUUUGUGAGUUUGAUAAACAAGAUAGUCUUUUAUAUUGGAAAUACUGUGAAUGGAAAAUUGCCAAAUCCCUUCUUAAUAUAUUUUAAACACCCCUACAACACUUUACCUCCCUGUCUUUAGUGGUAUUUAAACAUAUGGCCAAGUUAGUAUUUGGGUUUGAUUCCUUUGGUGAAGAUUAAGGCAUCAAAACAUUUCUUAAAAUGUUUGAGUACAAGGCUAAGUUAUAAUGUCAACUUUCAAAGACUAUGUUGUGAUUUGGUUUGAAUAUGCUGAAGUGAGCAAUUUUGAUUUGCCCAAGUGCAAUACAACAAAUCUAUAAUGUAUAUUUCACAUUUUCUACUUGAACACAUUCAUGUAUAUAUUUUGUUAAACUUCAUAUGUAUUUAAAAAGAAUCAUGAACUGUAUCAAAAUUCUUUCAAUAAAAUUUCUGUUUAAAAAUCUCUA